AUGGAAACCCAAAUGCAAACUUCUAUUGAAGAGGUACAAGAGCAACCAAACUCGUUUGCCUCGGUCCUUCACGCAAACGAGUUUGUGCCUUUGAAUAUGAAAACUCCUGUGCCAACGGCGUACUGUUUCCCUUGCAAAAAUGCGUACCUUUCUACAUUGACACCGGCGCUUUAUCAGCCAGGCACGGAGUAUUAUUACAAUCAAAACUAUCCGUUAAUGUCACCUUACCUUCCGUAUUAUGUGCCAGGCAACAUUAAUAAUAGCACUUUUGAUACAGAAAAGUUGCGGGACUUUCGCUCCUUAACAAUCAGUAAUCUUCCAAAUUCAUACAAAAUAUCGGAUCUUCUAUCACUUAUUCGGACUGGACCAUUAGAAAAAGCUUGCGUGAAGGCUUCAAAAAAUAGAGUUCUUAUAUCGUUUAUUCAUGCAGCAGAUGCAUUCGCGUUCUACGAGCAAUGCACCGUUAACAGGCCCGUCUUCCAAAGCAAAUUACUUAGGGUGCAUUUUGCAAGACCAACAAUUCUUCCGGAAAGCAUACAUCAGGCUCUUCAGCAAAGUGCCGCAAGUAGAAACGUUUUCAUUGGAAAUAUUCCGAGGGAGUUUACGGAGCAAACACUAGAAGAUUGUUUAUCCAAGUACGGGGCUAUUGAAAAUGUUAAGAUUUUAAGCUCUCGCAAUAUUGCUUUUGUACACUUUCUGAACAUUAAAAGUGCUAUAAGGGUUGUCCGCGAGCUGUCUUCUGAUAAAGAGUGGCAUUCAAGACGCGUGUUCUACGGCAUGGAUCAUUGCAGUGUUCCUAUAAACAACAACUCUAAACUUCUAGCAAAAAAGUACAAUGGAUAUUACGCUGGUUUAGACUGCUUUGGUUCUCAAGAAACAGGUAAAGAUAAGUUUGCCGGAAACCGUACUGCAUUCUUGGGUAACUUGCACGAGAGUACAGAAACGUAUGAAAUCUGUAAUGCGAUUCAUUAUGGUCCUCUACAUGAUGUACAUUACAUUCCUGAAAAGCAUAUCUGUUUUAUUACCUUCAUUAGUCCAGAAGUGGCUCGUUCCUUUGUCGAAGAGUAUACCAAGGGUCGUCUGUAUAUACACGGUCGAUUGGUCAAGGUUGGAUGGGGAAAGGAAAGCAGACCGUUUCCUGCUGUUCUUCAAACUGCUGUCUCUAAUGGAGCUUCUCGAACCGUUUACGUUGGUCAUGUUGGCAAAGAAGACGAAUUAGAGAAGCUUCUCAAUGAGUUUUCAAAGUACGGCGAAGUGGAACAUUUUAACUACAUUUCAAAGAAGAAAUGUGUUUUCAUAAGCUUUACCAGUCUUCCCAAUGCUAUAAAAGCAGUAAGUGGUGUCCGUCAAAAUAAGGCUUUUCGCAAGUUCAGAAUACACUACGGAGUUGACAGAUGUGGAGGAAUUACGGAACGCGAGUAUUCAACAGACUUUAACUCGGUUGUUUCUACAACGAGCUAUCAGUUUGGGCAAAUGAAGACACCGUCGAAUAUAUCACCUCCUUCAGGAACCAGUCUUCAUAAUGGAACCGUGCCUUCAAUCUAUGAUGCAGUGCCCACUUAA